UCUGUCAACCGGAUGGCCUCUAUUGGCUCUUCGACCAUGAGCAACCGGAAAACUAGAGCAAGACAGAAGUCCAAUGCAAAUGAUAUCUUCUAUGCAAAUAAAAAUUUCUCAAACACUGUGAAGUGCUUCUCCACCGGUGGCAAGGUUUCCACCAAGAAGAACUUUAGAAAUCUUAUGAAGAGUAAGAAGAGCAAGUUCAGCAGUCAGCUCAACAAGAGUAAACCUAAAGAUAAGCAUUCUGAAGCGAUUAAGAAAAACUCCUUGUUUAAUCAUGAAAGAUGGAUGCACUUUGAUAACUCCUUCCAAGGCUGGAACAUGGUCACUGAUCUGAUCUGAAACACAGAAGAUUUCUACUUCAAGAAUAUAAUGGACAAAAUUGCUCCUAAAUAAAGCAAAAUUUAAAUCACCAUCAGUCUUGAAUUCUUCUAUCAGAUCAAAAUAAAAAGAAAAGUUCAUAUGGCAAAUCAAACUGACACUCAUUGGUUGAAGAUCUCAGUGAUUCAGAAAUAAGCUCUACUCAUAUACAUAAAGAGGGUACAAUCACGAGUUUGAACAUAAUCGAAGAAAAAGUUGGAAAAUCACCCUUCAGGAAAAGGCCAUUUUAUUCAAGCUUCAAGUGCACAGUACAACCAAGGAAAUCUAAAUUCAGGUCUUUAAGAAGACAACAUCUGGAUAACCCGGCUGGCAGGGUUAAGAGGAAACAUAGAGUCAAAGAAAGCGCAACUCAAGUAUUCAACAAAAUUAUAUGUGAUAUAAGCAAUAAGAAGUCACGAAGAAAAGUUCUAAGAACUAUCGAACCAGUGGCUAGGAAUAAAACAAGGAACAUAAAGUCUUCCCAAGGACCUAGGCACCGUAUGAAAUUGCUUGAAUUAGGGAGGCCAAAGAUGGUCAUGACUCCAGAAAGACAAUCAUUGAAUGAUUUUUCAGAAAAAGAUAUGGAAACAUAUAAAGAAAAAGUAGUUGAGCAGAUGAGGAAAUGACAGUCUCCUAUACAGGUUUUGAAAAUGAGCAAGGUUCUUUGCGCUCCUUAUUUCUCAUUCUCUUCUCCAACUCAAAAAUCUGUUACCAAGCAUCUGGGUUAAGAUUGCUAAAUUUGUGUUGUUCAAUUG